UUCUAGUUCUAUUGGAAGACUGCAUUGUGUUUGGAGUUCCAGAGGAACUCUUUAGUGUCGCCAUUGCCGUCCACUUGAUCUUGAUACAACCACCCCCACGCGACUUGUGACAAAGGACUCCAACUAGCACUUGGCCUCAUCAACACUGCAUGCAAGCAGAGAUUUUGCUAUAUACUCAAACUAGUUUAAGGAGAAGGAAGGAGGAGGGAGGAGCAAGAAUUGCCAAGCUCCAAAGGAUGGAGAGGGGAGAGGAGGCUCCAUUGACUCAUGCCGACAACGAGGAGUUCCUUCGGAUUCUUAGAGAUAGGAUGAUAGAGUUGGGCAUUCAACUUCCAAAAAUGGAGGUCCGGUUCGAGAACUUGUUCGUCGAGGCCAGCAUGCACACGGGUCGGCAUGCGCUUCCGACGCUGUUCAAUGCCGUCAUCAACAGUGUGCAGGAAAUGAUGGGAUUUUUGAACUUCAGCCCUACAAAGAAGAGAUCUAUCAAACUUCUCGAUGGAGUGAAAGGGUUAAUAAGGCCAUCAAGGAUGACACUUGUUCUUGGACCACCAGGAUCAGGAAAGUCAACAUUAUUGAGAACUUUGUCAGGAAAAUUGGAUCCCACCCUAAAAUUCACUGGAAGAGUCACAUAUAAUGGUGAAGAACUUAGUCCUUCCACCCCUCAAUGCGUCCGUGCAUAUGUUAGCCAACAUGACCUCCAUCAUGCUGAGAUGACAGUGAGGGACACAUUAGACUUCUCUGGACGCAUGUUUGGAACCAGUAAAAUAUUUGAGAUGUUGGGGGAAGCAUUUGAAAGGAAGAAUGGCACCAUCAAAAACAAACUAGAUUUGGAGAGAGAUGCCAUUAUAAAGGCCACCACUUGUGGAGAAAGCAAAAACCCUACAACAAAUUAUAUCAUCAAGAUGCUUGGCUUAUAUGAGUGUGCCGAUACCAUUAUAGGAGAUGAGAUGAGAAGAGGGAUUUCUGGGGGGCAAAGAAAAGAGUGACCAUUGGUACGUGCUUAAUUAAUCUUACUAAGUUUUCUCAUGUAUAAUUGUGUACUAAGAUUGCUCUUUUGAUAGGAGCUUUAUUUCUUCCUCAGAGUCUGUUUUAAGAAUAUCAACAAGUACCCAUGUUUUCUGCAAUAUUACAGAGAACAAUAUAACCUAUUGGCAUUGUGAAUUUGUUAUUUACAUAAAACUAAAAAUAUUAUUACUAUUCUAGUGAUUACUAAGAUACUUAUAUUGCCAGGUAAAGUGACCUAGCACAAGGCUUGAAUAGAUCAGUAUUAGAAAGUAAGAAAUCCUUAUCAAAUAAAUUAGUUCUUCUUGAAGAAGUUACAUAUUAACAACUUAGGCAUGGUUCUUGCUUCUCCCCUUACAAUUUAGUUAUGUUUAUGCUCAAUUCAAUUAGAUAAUAUUAUACUUACAUAUAAAUUAUUUUAUUGACAAAUAGAAGACAAAUAUUUAACUAAUAUGGUUCUCUCUCACUCUCUCCUUAUGCAUGUAUUAUGUAAAAGAAGACUCACCCUCCAUUUUGUGUGGUAUGUACAUAUGUAAAUCAAGUUAGACAAACUAGUUAGACUAGAUUAGAAUAAAAAUAAAUGCUUACAACAUCCAGUUCAUUUAGGAACCGAGAAUAUCAAAUUGGUGAAAGUUAAUUAAAGAAAAGUACCACCAAUUAUUUUAGCCAUUUUAGUUUAACCAUGCCAUUUCACUUUGUUCUCUUACAUAAAUAGUGUGCUUCUGCCCAUAUUAAAUUAUCACAGCUACUAUCAGUACAAGAAGAAAGCAUGUCCUCAAGAUAAAAUACAAAAUUUAAAGUUAGUCAUUGAAGUAACAUUAAAAAUUCAUAAGUAGUUUUUAAAGAGGAGAUUUUGUUAUGACAAAAGACUAGGUUCAUUUUUUAAAUAAUGAUCAUAUAUCACACUCUUAGCACUAUUUGUUAUUUCUUCUACACAAAAGCCGUUAAAAAGUUCAUGAAGGUUAGUAAUAAUAAAAAUAGCAAAAAAGAAGGCAUAAUAUACUUCAAGAUUAUAUGGUAAAAGUUUAUAUAGGUACCACUAAACUAUACAAAAUUAAUUAUAAGUCCUUUAUGAUUAAUGACUAUCUAGAUCAGAGUUGUGAUGCAUUAAAAAACUAAUUCAAACAUUAGUUGGAGGCUAGGUUUGCCAUCUCGAUACCGGACCUCGUAUCGGUGCCAUACUAGCACAGUGUCGGUAUGGUACAGUACAAAAUUUUUCUUUGCAUACCGAAUAUCAGUACGCCAGCUGUACGGGUGCCGAGUACCGUAACUGAUACGGUAUGGUACGUCCCGUACCGUCUGUUUGGGCCAGUACAGCGUACCAUGCUUGAACGUGUCAUAUGGAAGGAAAUGGACAUGUUCAAAUGGCUACUAACUUUGUUGUCAAAAACUUACAUCCAAAACAUGAUGGCCCUGAGCAAUCAGAAUUUCAUGUUUAAAUCACGACCAGAUAGUAUUCAAGGUCUAAUCCAUAUUAGAAAUCUUAGGAUCAUAUAAAUUAUAAGAUCAUAUGAAUUAUAAGACCAAACUUCAACAUGUUAUUAACAUAUUGAACAAUGUUGAUGUCCAUUUUAUGAUUAACUUGACCUUUUUAAUUGCAUUUGUUAUUCAUGAGCUGAUGAGCCUAUAUAUCAUAAGACUAACAAUCCAAUUAAGUUUGAAGAUAAACAUAAAGGAAACUGAAAGGUCAAGGAACUAAAAGCUAAAAGCAAAAUUUCAUAUCCUUACAAUGUUCUAUUUUAAAAGAUGCAUAUAUUGAUAUAUUUGGAGUGAUAAAUCAUGGUCUAUUGAGUAUAAAAAAUUAUGGUUUACUUUGCCUGCGGAAGCAUAUAAGCUCCCACCUAUGAUGCCAUAGGUUAACUAUAGGACAAAAGAGAAUUAAUUUUCUCUUUUAGAAGGAAAAGGAAAGGAAACAAAUUUACAUAUAAAGUCUGAUAAUGAUGAUGGAAACAUCGUCAGUUAUUUUUAUUUGUUCUUUGGGCCUGAGCCAUCAUAUUUCCUUCUUUUUUUUGAAAUUAGGAAAGGUUAUCAUACUGACCUGUAUCACCGUAUAUGCAUAUAUUUUAUACCUAGACAUGUUUGUUCUACUGAGAAGCCACAUGCAAAGCAAAGAGCCACAUCUCUCCCCCAAAAACCAACAGAAGAGAUAGAGAGAGAUUGGAAAUCCACCUAGAGUUUUUGGUAGUAAAGAAAUCAUGAUAGUUCCUAAUAGGCUUGGCCCUGAAUAAGAUUUAGUACAAUUGACAUUCUCUCCCCUCCUGCGACAAAAAAAAGGUGCGGGGAAGGAAUAUCAGUUCUUUCCUCCACUCCACCUCGGCUGUCUGUUUGAAUCUCAUCUUUCCAACCACUUACCACCUAAAGCUUGUAGCCCCCCACCUCUCUCUCUCUCUCUCUCUCUCUCUCUCUCUAAUUAUGUAUGUUCUGUUUACUUGUGUGUUAAAUAAUGAAAGAAAAUGUAAAGGUAACCAACAUCCACUCGAGCAAAUAGAGCCAAAAAACUUCGAUCCAAACAUCCACUUCUCUUUCACAAUGCUUUCCUGGGCUCUCUCUUUCUUUGUUUCCUUAAUUUGGCAAGAAUUCUCUCACGUUUCUUACCAUUUCCUAAAGUCCCUCUCCAAGUUGGAAUUUCUCUAAGAUGCCCAUGGCCCUCAUUAAAAGUAUGUAGUUUCUUUUUCUUCGUAGGUUUUUUGCUUUCCAUAAUAUCUUUUUCAACUACCACCUGUGCUAUUCUACUAGAUUAUGUUGCCCUAAAAUGUGGAUUUAUCUUCUUUUUUAUUUUACUGUAUUCUUAGGUUUUUGAAUUACUACAUUGUUGCACAAUGGAACAAUGAAAUGAUUUCUUUCUUAAAUGUCUAAGUUUUUUAUUUAUUAAAUUUGCAAACAUAGACAUCUAUAUUAUCAUUUUCUAGAGUCCUUUCAUAGUAUUAUUGAUUGUGUUGCCUACAUAGAAAAAUGUCCAUGACUUUAGAAAUAAUUUUUUGUGUGAAGAAUUUUAAUAAUCGCCAAUAAUGAAAAUUCUAAAAGCUUUUAUUAUCAUGGCUGCUGCACAUUUUCUGUGACCUGCAUGAGAAUAAUCGUAGCUCUGCCCAUCGGAUAAACUAUAAAUGGGAACAUGGUGGUGGAAAUUGCAUUUCUUAUGUUUACAUAUAAUUUCCUUUUAUAAUUCAUCCAUUUGCUUUCCAAUCAGCUCAUUCUGAUUUUUAUUUCUUUUAUCUUUCAAAAAAUUGGAAAGAAUCAUAUGAUCUGAUCCAAUGUGGUCCAACCCCCUCUAUGAUAUGCAAGUUGAUCCUAAUCCUAACCAAGGUUAGCCGAACUGGUACCAGGACCCAUACCGAUCGGCUCUCAGUUCAGUAUCGUAUCGAUAUACGUUAUGCUAUAGCGUGCUAGUUUCGAACCGGCACACCGUUUUUUUUCGUUUUUUUAAGUUUUAAUAAAAAGUAAUCAUUUUUUUUGGUUUUUUGAAUGAUUUUAAGUCUAAUUUGAUGUUUCUUUUAGUUUUUGAUGUUUCUAUCACCCCAGUACACCCUAAAUGAUGCUUCUUGAUGUUUUGGAGUCAUUUUCUGCGUUAUCGUGGCAUUUCUCUAAAACAAUGCUA